AUGGAAUCUUCUGUGCUUAUUUGUCUUUCAUUCCACUUUCUUUGGUAUUUUAUUGUCAAAAGUUGCAACCGUGAGAAUUUAGAAUUAUCGGUACAACAAGGAGUGUGGGCAACUCAACGGAGCAAUGAGGCUAAACUGAAUGAAGCUUUUGAUUCUGUGGAAAAUGUUAUUUUGAUCUUUUCAGUCAAUCGGACCCGACAUUUUCAGGGUUGUGCAAAGAUGACAACUAGAAUUGGUGGCUCUAUUGGUGGGGGGAAUUGGAAGUAUGCACAUGGAAGUGCACAUUAUGGGCGAAAUUUCUCAUUAAAGUGGUUGAAGGGAAUAUAA